UUAAUAAUAAUGUCACACAGUGAUAGUGUGUAGUGCAAUGUUAUUCUAAUAUAGUUUUCCAACAAUGUAGAAUGAGAUUGCAUUAGAGGCGCUUCUAAAGUUUAUGUGAAAAUAAAGUUUUGAUAAAGGACUUUCAAAAAUGGAUAAUCCAACGUCCAGUGAUAUGAGAUCAGUCCAGCUAUCUCCAGACUCGUGGUGGCAUCCAGCAAAUAAGGUUCAUAGGUUUUUAGCACUUUUAUUAAUGUGCUUCCUUUGUUUUGGUUCCUAUUUUUGUUAUGACACACCUGGUGCAUUGGCUGACAAUUUUAAGGGUGAUUCUCACUUGAAUACAUCCCAAUUUGCAUUGUUAUAUUCCAUAUACUCGUGGCCAAAUGUCAUAUUAUGUUUCAUUGGCGGUUAUUUGAUAGAUAGAUAUUUUGGGAUAAGAUUGGGAACAAUUAUAUACAUGGUCAUCGUGACCAUAGGAGCCAUUGUUUUCGCCACUGGAGUUUACAUAAAUGUUUAUUGGCUUAUGAUACUUGGCAGAUUUAUUUUUGGUAUUGGAGGAGAGUCUUUGCAAGUGGCAGUUAAUAGCUAUGUGGUGUUAUGGUUUAAAGGGAAAGAAUUGAACAUGGUGUUUGGCCUACAGUUAUCUUUCUCUAGAUUUGGAAGUACUGUCAACUUUUGGGUUAUGGAACCUAUUUAUAGAUGGGUGGCAAAUUACUAUGGUGGAUAUGAACGUCUUGGAGUUGCUUUGUUUAUUGCAUCAUUCACAUGUGUUGGAUCACUCAUCUGUGGAUUAAUACUUGGAUGGAUGGAUUACCGAGCUGAAAAGAUGUUGGGUCGCCAUGAGGAACAGAGUGAUGCUGAACCAUUCAGACUUUUAGAUAUUUUACACUUCAAAAGAGUGUUUUGGCUGGUUUCUGUUAUAUGUGUGGCAUAUUAUUUAGCAAUUUUCCCAUUUAUAGCCUUAGGAAAAUUAUUCUUUGAACGUAAAUUUGACUUUUCGCCUCAAGAUGCUAAUACAGUGAACUCAAUGGUGUAUUUAUUGUCAGCAGCUUUGAGCCCAUUCUUUGGCAUUCUGAUAGACAAGACUGGACGUAAUGUGAUGUGGGUAAUAAUUAGCACAAUCACGACAAUUGGCUCUCACUUUUUAUUGGCAUUCACAUUUGUUAAUCCAUAUGUAGGAGUGAUGUCACUAGGUAUUUCAUAUUCAUUGUUAGCGAGUGGAUUAUGGCCACUUGUUGCUUUGAUUGUCCCCAAAAAUCAAUUAGGUACAGCAUAUGGAAUAUGUCAAGCCGUCCAAAACUUAGGUUUAGCUACUGUUCUUAUUCUGGCUGGUGUUAUUGUUGACAAAUACGGAUACUUGAUGCUGGAAAUGUUUUUCUUAGGAUGUUUAUUCAUAUCUCUUAUUGCCGCCGUAUUAAUAUAUAUUGUGGAUUCUGCUAACAAUGGAGUUCUUAAUAUGUCUCCAAGUAUGCGAGAAUCGAUGACGGAUACAAGUGAAUGUCGUGACGAAACUGCAAAUCUGUUAGAACAUGAAGAUAGUUCAGACCAAGAGGUGACUGAUUCGCGUGAUCGACCUGAUCCAAAGGAGCCUCAACGCGAUUUCACACAGUCACAAUCUGACAGAAUACGCAGUAGAUAUAUAGCGCAAUUAUUGCCAAAUACUAACAUUCCAGACAGACAAUAGGGAAUAUAUAAUAUAACCACUAUUAUGUAAUUGUAAAUAUAUAUAAUAUAA